AUGGAGGAUGCUGGAGGGAUUGAACUACAAAUCACUGCUGCAGAUGAUCAAGAGCCAAACUCAAGUAAUGACGUCUCCUCUGUUAACAACAAAUUGCAUCUACCAAAACUAAUACAUUACAGGUGGUGGCUCCGAGUGACCUGCUAUAUGCUAUUUCUUCUCUCAGGUCAAUCUGCUGCCACUCUUUUGGGAAGAUUAUACUUUGACAAAGGUGGGAAUAGCAAAUGGAUGGCAACAUUUGUUCAAUCUGCUGGCUUUCCAAUUCUACUCCCCCUCCUUUUCUUCUUCACAACUUCUACCAUUUCCACAACCGCAAUCAAUCUCAUUAGCUCUUCCUUUGCAAACACACCAAAAGGUCCUCAACUAUCCACUCUUACAUUCCUCUACAUUGGCUUUGGGGUACUCUUAACAGGUGACAACUUGAUGUACUCAUAUGGACUGUUAUAUCUUCCUGUCUCCACUUAUUCUCUUCUCUGUGCAACCCAAUUGGCCUUCAAUGCACUAUUCUCCUUCUUCCUUAAUUCACAAAAAUUGUCUCCUUUUGUGCUCAAUUCUCUAGUCCUCCUUACUGCUUCAGCCUCCCUUCUAGCAGUUAAUGCAGACUCUGAGAAGCCUGCAGGCAUUUCCAGAGGAAAAUAUGUAAUUGGAUUUCUCUGCACAGUGGGUGCAUCUGCGACAUACUCUUUAUACCUUUCACUAGUGCAGCUUUCUUUCGAAAAGGUUAUCAAGAAAGAAACCUUCUCUGUCGUGUUGAGUAUGCAAAUAUAUCCAUCUUUUGUUGCGACUUGCGGCUGCGUGGUGGGACUUUUUGCAAGCGGAGAAUGGAGAAGUCUUGAAAAUGAGAUGAAAGAAUAUAAAGAAGGAAAAGUUUCCUAUUUGAUGAAUCUGAUUUGGACAGCUAUUACAUGGCAAAUUUCCUCCUUGGGUAUGUUGGGUUUGAUUUUUGAGGUAUCCUCUCUCUUCUCUAAUGUCAUCAGUACACUGGCUUUGCCACUUGUUCCCAUUCUUGCUGUGAUAUUUUUCCAUGAUAAGAUGAAUGGCUUGAAGGUUAUGGCAAUGCUGUUGGCAAUCUGGGGCUUUCUUUCCUACAUUUAUCAACAUUAUCUAGAUGAUCUUGCUAAAUCCAAGGCAAGCCUUACCAGUGAAAAUGAGCUCACUGGGGUACAAUUAGAGACUGGUUGA